ACAUUCGAGCGCGAUAAGCCGCGCGCAAUAUUUUGUUUAGUCGCAAAUACAUCUCCUUACUAGCAAGGUGUCUUUCACUCAUCACCAGUCCUUUCAUUCAAAAUUCAACCUUAACGUACUCAACAUAGUGGUCAAAAUCGAGCCGGAUUCCUGCGUAAAAUUAAUUGAGAAUUUGCAUCGACUGGCGAGCAUAUUUUUACCUGCGCGUCGACCCAACCGGUUUGCUAUUGUGCUACGAACAGAUGGUGCUACGCGGCUACGAUACCUACGGCGACGUGUUGGCGUAAACAAGUGAUUAUAACGCACGGAACAAAAUAACAUCAAUGCAGUGAUAUUGCAGUGUCUUUAAAUGAAGUUUACGUACAUAAUUCACAAUGUCAGACAUAGAAACGUCUAUAGAAGAGCUCAAAGACAUUUAUGAAUUAAUAAAGAAGGCACAAAUCAACUUUAAAAAGUGUCCAACGACAAGAAAAACAAAGGGUUAUCUACAAGCGAAAAUUCAAUGCAUCGAUGAGUACUGGACUUCGUUUCGCACGGCGCAUCAGACGUUAUUCAAGCUAACUACGAAAAGUGACCGAGAUACUUUGAAUUACUUUGUCAAUGAUGUGCAUGGAGAAUGUGAAGAAGUGUAUACGUGUCUCAAGGCCGAUUUGACAGACUCGUUGCUGUCACGUCAACAGCAAGGGGAAUCAUCUGCACUGAAUACGAGCAGCUCAAGUGAUCGCGCUGAUAAUUACACCCCAGAUGUCAAAUUACCACAAAUCAAUUUACCAACAUUCUCCGGCGCGUACGAGGAAUGGCAAUCGUUUGAAGAUACAUUUGUAGCCCUAAUCCAUGCAAAUAAAGGACUUAGUGAUGUGCAAAAAUUACAUUACCUGAAAUCGUGUGUUAUCGGUGAAGCGAAGAAUACAAUCAAGCAUUUCCAAAUUACUGAGAAGAAUUACAAACCUGCUUGGGACACCCUGAAAAAUAGGUACAGUCACAAACGGCUAAUCGUUAAUGCUAUUUUGAAAAGGCUUUUUUCUUUGAAGAAAGUAAAUGUACAAUCACCUACACAACUGAAGGCCUUGAUAGACAACACCAAAGAAUGUUUAACAAGCCUGAAUGCAUUAAAUAUUUACACCGGUACUUGGGAUCCAUUAAUUAUAUUUCUGGUAAUUCAGAAAUUGGACCAAGAAUCACACAGAGCGUGGGAAGCAUAUGUAAGUGCUGAAUAUUUUGAAGAAUUACCCACAUUCAACAACUUCACAACAUUUUUAGAAAACCGUAUCUGUACUUUGGAAUUAACUUCACCUGUAACUGCACCAAAAGACAAGAUAAAGGAAAGAUCAUUCACUGCUACCACGUCAAUGAAUCGUGUUUGCAGCAUGUGUAAGGAAGACCACCUGCUUUGUCACUGUAAGGAAUUUGGAAAACUGGAUCCGGAUAAGAGAAGCGAAUUUGUUAAAGAACAACGACUCUGUUACAACUGUCUUGCUGCCGGGCAUCCUGUAUUACACUGCAAACAAAAAACUUCACGCAGGAUCUGCGGCAGACGUCACCACUCACUUCUACAUUCACACAAGAAGAACCAAGAGUCCACGGGCAAAGAAGAGAAGAAACCAUCACCAGGACUUUCAUCCAUGCACACAAAUGUAGAAGAACAUUCAGAGGACGAACAAGAUUGGCUCAAACGCCAGAAGGAAUUUGAGCUCGGAGACAUCGUAUUGCUCAAAGACGAGCAGACGCCGCCUAGCAAGUGGGCGCUCGGCCGCGUGCUUGAGAAGCACCCUGGGCCCGACGGCGUCUGCAGGGUGUACACUGUGUGGAGCAACAAGCAUGUCACUCAACGAUCGGUGUCUAAACUAUGUGCAUUACCAAUAGAUAAGUCGUAA